AUGAACAUCUAUAAUGCUGCAAAAACUGGAGAUAUAGCAACAUUGCAAGCUGAAGAUCCGAAUGUUGUCUGUGAAGUUUCAUUUGCACGUUCACGAAAUGUUCUACACAUAGCAGCGAUGCAUGGGCACGAAAACAUCGUUGAGAUGUUGACAUCCCACAUGCAGCUAGCUCGGGAUUUAGACUCGCAAAAUUCGACACCACUUCACAUUGCAGCAGCACAAGGGAGUGUUGAAGUAGCCUCAAUAUUGUUGUCAAUGGCCAACGAGACACUCUGGUGGCGAGACUGUCAUGGUUUGAACCCGGUUCAUAUUGCAGCCAUCCAUGGCCGUGUUGAUAUCUUGGCCAUGCUGCUUCAAAAACUUAUCUCCGGCUAUGGAGAGGGUGCAUCGUGGAGAAACAGUGCUGCACUUACCAUCAAAUACUUGGUUGAGGUUGUUAAAAUAAAGAAGCAGACACGGAAUUUGAUGGGCAAAACAGCACUGCAAAUCUUGACCGAGAGGCCAAAGGCAUGUGAUCUCCAGACACAAAUGGAAACACUUAUAAUGUUUCGGGAAACACGAAUCAUGUCUGAGGUGUUCCCUGACCUGAGCGACACGACAAUGGUGGUGGUGGGCCUGAUAGCCGCAAUGGCAUUCCAAGCCGCCAUUAGUCCCCCUGGCGGUGUGUGGCAGGAUACAAAAAAGGUCGGCGAAGCGGUGAUGGCAUCUACUCAUCCCAUACUAUACAAACAGUUCGUCGGUGCUAACACCACCGCUUUCGUUUCAUCAAUUUUCACAAUCUUCCUCAUCACGACCCGACAGCCAUCCGGACGCAUUCUUUUCCUGCUCAUCUCGUUGUUUGCAAUGUGGGUGUCGCUCGCAUCUAUUGCUCUCAGCUAUAGAGCUUCUGUAAUGGUGGUCGCGCCUCAUACCGAAACACUUUCCCUUGUUCAUACAAUUAUCAUAGUGGUGGUUGUGUCACUAGGCAUCCUAGGGUUCAUAUUUGUGUAUAAUAUUGUACGAGGACUGUGCUUAAACCGGACGAGUGAUCACCAUACAACCAUCGGACGACUGAAGAAUUUGAUUUAUGAACUACUCAACCGAGUUGACCUCGUUGUACGACGCUCGGAUGGAUGA